AUGUCGCAGUGUUUAUUUAAUGAUAACGACGAUGAAGAUAUUAUUCUUUCACAAAAUUUAGACGAUAUAGAAAAGGAAUUAGCAGUGAAAAAUAAUAUUGAGAAAGAUGUGGAUUACGGAGAAUUGAACCUUAUUUCUACUGCAGAGGAAUUUGUUAACGCAGAGAUGGAGAAAGAAUCUGAUUGUGGUGAAUUUAACGUAAUUUCUACAGCCGAGGAACAAAGGUUUCAAACACAAGUAUCUCAGGUUGAAAUAGACACUUUAAUACCUUCACAAACAAACGCUAAUACCAGAAAGAAUACUAAAUGGUCACUAAAUAUAUAUUGCGGACCAGUACAUUUCAAUAAUUGUAAAUUUACUUUUAUGUAA